AUGGGAACGAAAGACGCCAGGCGCCGAGCAGCCCCACGGGGAGCAAGGAAAAAGCCGAGUGAAAACGCAUGUACACUAGAAUGUGAAGGAAAACUGCCUUCUGCCAAAGCCUGGGAGACCUGCAAGGAGCUCCUGCAACUGGCAAAACUUGAUCUUUCUGAGGAUGGCAGCAUUGCUCCAGGAGACAAGAAAGAGCUGGAUGAAAACCAUUUGCUUGCGAAGAAAUACGGAGGCUUCAUGAAAAGAUAUGGGGGGUUCAUGAAGAAAAUGGAUGAGCUCUAUCGGGCAGAACCAGAGGAUGAAGCUAACGGAGGAGAAAUCCUGGCUAAGAGGUAUGGAGGGUUUAUGAAGAAAGACUCAGAUGAUGAUGCCCUUGCUAACUCCUCUGAUCUGCUGAAGGAGCUUCUAGGAACAGAGGAUAACCCUGAAGCAGCACAUUAUCGAGACAUAAAUGAGAACGAAGGGGAUGUCAGCAAAAGGUAUGGAGGCUUCAUGAGAAGCAUUAAGCGCAGCCCUGAAUUGGAAGACGAAGCCAAAGAGCUGCAAAAGAGAUAUGGUGGUUUCAUGAGAAGAGUGGGCAGGCCAGAAUGGUGGCUGGAUUACCAGAAACGAUAUGGUGGGUUUCUUAAGCGCUUCGCCGACUCCAUUCUCCCUUCAGAAGAAGAUAGGGAAACUUAUUCCAAAGAAGUCCCAGAGAUGGAAAAGAGAUAUGGUGGAUUUAUGAGAUUUUAAUACCUUUCCCUUCAUCCCUUUUGUCCUAAAUGAGAAAGACUGCCUUAUUGGUCAUAAUUUAUUGUAACGUGUUGCUUGUACUGUACAGUUUUUUACUGUCCUAGGUUAAUGAUGCAACCUGCAAUUUGUUGUUUCAGGUUCUGUGUUCUUUCAAGAGAAAUAACUAAUUUCUGGAUUAGUCAAGUUUCAGUCUGUAUUGUAGUUUCCAUGCUAGAACUAUUUUGAAUACUGUAUUCAUUUUCUUUAAAGAGGAAGUACAUCUACAGUAGAGCUGCUUAACUGUAUAUACAAUAAAUUCUUCAUCCUAACUGCAAAA